AUGAAUGAUGCUCGAGCUAGAGCACCCAAUCCCACAACUGGAAUUACAGCUGGCCUACUUCAGAAUGCUCGGGGGCCAACGGGUUUUACCCCGAACACUCCAUUUACGCCGGAGAUAUUGUCAUAUCCCUUGCCUGACAGAUUCAAGUAUCCUCGUAUUAAAGAAUAUGAUGGGAUGACUGACCCGAUCAAUCAUCUUACCGAUGUGAUGAAUUUACAGGUUGCACCGGAUCAGAUGAUGUGCAAGGCCUUUCCACAAACACUAACUAAUGCCGCUAGGGAUUGGUUCUCAACAUUAGAGCCCAAUUCCAUUGCCUCAUUUUCAAACUUGGUCGAUAAGUUCUCUGCCUUUUUUGGAAGUAGCAAGCGUAUCAGGAAGACCGCGGCCUCUCUCAUGCAACUGCGCCAAGGAUCGAAUGAAACCCUACGAGGUUUUAUGACAAGAUUUAACAAGAAAAGACUUCAAAUACCUGGCCUUCACAUUACAGCAGCAGUUUCUGCCCUCACCUAUGCCAUAAGGUGUGAUGCCUUCAAAAUGUCUUUAUCAAAGACCCCACCACAGAUAGUGAUCGAGCUCUUUAACCGAGCUGAAAAGUACAUUAAUAUGGAAGAAACGUUGAAUCCAAGGAGAGCUGGUCAUUCUCAUAAAAAGGUCGAAAAUAAGAGGCAACAUGAUCCUGUCCCCCGGCAUGAGCUUUCUCGGGAUAAGCGCAGGAAUGAGGCGUUGUCAGCACCUCUCACUCGAUUGAACACCUCUAAGACAAACAUCUUGAUGGAGAUUAAGGAUAUGAAAGAAUUGAAGUGGCCUUCAAGGAUAAAGUCGCCCCCUGACAAAAGAGAUAGGAGUAAGUAUUGCGAAUUUCACCGGGAUCAUGGGCAUACCAUAGAGGAUUGUCAUGCUUUACAGCGAGAAAUUGAAGCCCUUAUCAAAAGAAGUUUUUUAAAGAAUUACGUCGGUCAAGAUAAAUGCCCAAGGAAUGAUCGUGACAGGCGGAAUGACCCAGGGAUGGGAAGCAAUGUUCAACCCACCGCUGGGAUAAUUAAUAUAAUCAUUGGAGGCAUAGCAUCUGAGGAAGACACUAAUAAUGGGAGGAAGCAAUAUGCCCGACAGUAUGCUCAUACUCUGAAUGGAUUCCACGAUAAACACGAGGACAUAACUUUUGGAGCAAAGGAUUUGGAAGGGGUGUCAUGUCCUCAUGAUGAUGCCUUGGUUAUCUCGGCUAUCGUGGCCAACUUUGAAGUAAAGAGAAUUUUGAUAGACAACGGAAGUGCAGCAAACAUACUCUCUCAGGGAGCUUUCGCAAAGAUGGGGAUAUUCCCCAGUCAACUCAAGGCAGUAACAACUCCGCUUCAAGGUUUUGGAGGUGGUAUCAUUGUCCCAGAAGGCAUUGUUGACCUUCCACUUACUAUGGGUUCUAACAAAGCACAGGUGACGGAGAUAACGCCUUUCCAAGUGGUUAGCACUCAUAUGGCCUACAACAUUAUCCUAGAAAGGCCCCUACUAAAUAAGAUUCAGGCCAUUGUUUCCACUUUUCACCUCGCCAUGAAGUUUCCAACGAGUCAUGGCAUUGGAGUAGUUCGAGGAGAUCAAACAGCUGCAAGAUAG